UACAGUUACGGAGCGCUUGGAGGUUAGAAAACACUUUAAUAGACAUAGAAAGUACUGUCAAGAAGAUGCCUGUUGGACUCUAAAACCAACCAACUCAGAUCAAGAGGGCAGAUUAUUGUUCACCUGUGACCUCUGGUCACCCUGCAGGAUGCUCUCUGGUCCAGCAUUAGUUCUGCUCUUCCUCCUGAGUCCAUCUAGUGUGCAGUUGGCCCCACACUCCUGCCAGUGUUCUGCUCUCCAGCCUGAAGGACUACGGGUUACCUGCAACUCCCUGAACAUUCUAGAAGUGCCCCAGCUUCCACCAGACACCACCGAGCUGCACCUGCAGAACAACCAGCUGACCACUGUGCCGCCCGGGAGCUUUGAUGCUCUGCAGGGGCUGAGGCAGCUCAACCUUUCAGGAAACCCAUUUCACUGCGGCUGUGAUAUCUGGUACCUGACAACCUGGCUGCAGGACCAUGGGUCUGUUUGCGGGCACAGCCCCACCUGCGCCACGCCUGCUGCCCUGGCUCACAAGCCCAUCGCCGGACUGAGCCAAGCCGACUUCUCCACCUGCAGCAGGAAGAGGCCCACAAGCAGCUCACUCGACAUCAUGAUGAUCCUCAUGCUCUGCUUUCUCAUUGCCGUACAGCUGUGGUGCCUCAAGGCUGUAAGGAGCUCCACGUUUAUCUUAGACGUUGUUCAGAGACACACGGGGAUAGAGGCAGACUCUCUGAGGUCCCUCAAGCCCAAACACAGGAAGAGGCAGUCUAUACUCGACAGGACGGACGACAGCGAAAUUGAACAGCCUUUGCUAAACAUGGAACUCUUACCUCAAAUACUGGACGUCUUGCAAAAGAAACACAAUAUGAAGUUUAAAGCCACUUGAGAGGUGGGAGGUAAUGCAGUAGCAGAUGAUUAAACCAGCAAGAGCAAGUUCCAUGCUAGUUUUUGACAGUGUUAUCGAUGAUAGUCAUAUUAAAAUGAUCAGUCACCUGACAAUCUGAAUUUCAUUCUGUCAAAGUGGAACUCUCAUCAGGUAUAGGUGAGGAUUACUGACUGUAUUCUUGUAAUGCAGCAAGCAUUGCAAAACCUUUUAGUAAGUCUCUUCACUGUCCAUAAUUGGAGAAGUGGUUGUCACACUAGGUGUGUUCCAGAACAAUCAUUUUCAAUUAAAAACUUCAAUGACACCUUUCGUUAACUUGCUGAAUGUGCAUUCCUGAGGUCACAAUGCUACACUACCACUUCUUCAUUGCAGAUUGCUGAAAAGAUCCUGUAUCUAGUAAUAUCCGUGAUCCAAGUCCUCAAACUUUAACACCAAAAGGAAAUCUAACUUAACUAGCUUAACUUUUAACACAA